AUGAAGUACGUUGUCGUUUCUGGAGGUGUCAUCUCAGGUAUUGGUAAAGGUGUCCUAGCAUCAUCUACUGGGAUGCUUUUGAAGACUUUGGGUCUUAAAGUAACUUCAAUCAAGAUUGAUCCUUACAUGAAUUUAGAUGCUGGUACUAUGUCUCCUUUGGAACAUGGUGAAUGUUUUGUUCUUGAUGAUGGUGGUGAAACGGAUCUAGACCUGGGUAACUAUGAACGUUACUUGGGUGUAACUUUAACUAGAGACCAUAAUAUAACCACUGGUAAGGUAUAUUCCCAUGUUAUUGCUAUGGAGAGAAAGGGUGAUUAUUUAGGAAAGACUGUUCAAGUUGUUCCACAUUUGACCAAUGCGAUCCAAGACUGGAUUGAAAGGGUUUCUCGGAUUCCAGUGGACAACUCUGAGCAAGAACCUGAUGUCUGUAUUAUUGAGCUGGGAGGUACUGUCGGUGAUAUUGAAUCUGCACCAUUUGUGGAGUCGCUCAGACAGUUUCAGUUCCGCGUUGGUAGGGAUAACUUUGCUUUGGUGCAUGUUUCUUUAGUUCCUGUUAUUCAUGAGGAACAGAAAACCAAGCCAACACAGGCUGCUAUUAAGGAUUUGAGAUCGCUUGGUUUGACCCCAGAUAUGAUUGCUUGUCGUUGUAGCGAAAAGCUGGAUCUUCCAACUAUCGAAAAGAUUGCUAUGUUCUGUCACGUUGGUCCAGAACAGGUUGUUAACGUCCACGAUGUUGCUUCGACUUACCACGUUCCUCUGCUUCUUUUGGAGCAGGGCAUGAUUGACUAUCUAGGACAACGUUUGAAGUUCUCCGAUAUAAAGCGCAAUUCUGCUGAUCUUGAGAAGGGUGCUCGCUUACUCGAAAACUGGAAGUCACUAACCACUGCUAUCGACGAGUCCUACGACACUGUGCAAAUCGCCUUGGUCGGUAAGUACACACACCUAAAGGACUCUUAUUUGUCCGUCAUCAAGGCUCUUGAACACUCCUCCAUGAGGUGCAGAAGAAAGCUUGAUAUCGUCUGGGUCGAGGCCUCCGAUUUGGAGCCUAAAUCCAACGAAACUGAAAAGCAAAAGUUCCACAAAGCAUGGAACAGCUUGUCCACCUCUGAUGGUAUCCUUAUCCCAGGUGGUUUCGGUACCAGAGGUACUGAAGGUAUGAUCCUUGCUGCCAACUGGGCACGUGAGAAGAAUAUUCCAUUCCUAGGUGUCUGUCUGGGUAUGCAAGUGGCUACCAUAGAGUUUGUCAGAAACGUCUUGAACGUCAAGGAUGCUACAUCGUCUGAAUUCUAUCCAGAAGUGCCUGAAGACAAGCAGGUUGUCGUCUAUAUGCCUGAAAUUAACAAAGAAUCCAUGGGCGGUACAAUGAGACUUGGUUUACGUCCAACAAACUUCCAACCAGGCACUGAGUGGUCCAAGAUCAGAAACCUUUACGGUAACGUGGACUCUGUGCAUGAAAGACACCGUCAUCGUUACGAAAUCAACCCAAAGCUAAUACCGGAGUUGGAAAACCACGGUUUAAUCUUCGUGGGCAGAGACGAAACUGGCCAAAGAUGUGAAAUUUUCGAGUUGAAGGACCACCCAUACUACGUCGCUACACAAUACCAUCCAGAGUACAGGUCUAAGGUUCUAGAACCAUCAAAACCAUUCCUUGGUUUCAUUGCAGCUGCCUCGGGAGUGUUGGGAGAUUUCCUCACCGAAGACGCAACAAGAGCCGUACAAGGUAAAGUCGACUUUUAA